UCUUCUGACAUUUUCCUGGACACGAGCAGACAUUUUACGAGUUCACUUUAGGGUAUCGAUAACCCUACGUAAAUUUCGUAUUCUCAGUUCAUAUUUAAACUUAUUUGUUGAUCAAUUUAAUAGAUACGUUGAUCGAAUAAAGUGUGAAAUUCAAAAACAGUACGAACGCACAAUUGGCAAAAUUCAAGUGCAUGCGUAUUUGCCAUGCUCGUGUAAAACGUGACGAUCGCAACCGUUAACAGCUACCGAUUUCAGUUCUUUGUCGAUUUGAUAAUGCCUCAAAUUAUGGUCGAAGCUUUCGCAAAAAGUUUAAUUGACAAGAUAAUGUUAGAAGCUUUCGAUGUGGUUGAUACGAAUGAAGAAAAAUUACAAAUGCCGGAUAAUCGACAAGAAACGACCGAUACCCAAUCGCAGGCUGCGCAACAAAUGCAGGAUCUUUUGUGUACAGAUCGAAACGAGACGGAAAAUGCGGAGAUAAUAGAGAAGAUGGUAUGCGGUUUACACAAUCUGCAAAUCGGAGAUUCGACUCCUAUGCCUUUACACCUAUCUAAAUUAGAGAAACAGGUGAAACACAUCGUGCACAACAUCGACAAUAUCAUAUACACGGAGCCCGCCACCCCCGUGGAGACGCAUUCGACCCAGGGCCAGGGCGACGUGCACCAGAUAAUCCACGACGCGGUGAUCGAGAUGGCGGCGGACCCGACCUGCGCCCGCCUUGAAAAGGUGACCGACAGUUCCGAGGCGACGAGGGUGUCCACCAGCCUGAUAUAUCGAAUGAUCGAGGAGCUCGAGUCGAGGAUGGGGGAGCGGGGCAAGGAGCAGGAGAACGAAGAGCCCGAGCCGGCCGUGAACAAGGAGAAGAUCGAGGUUUGGGAGGAGUCCGAGGAGCAAUUCAUAAGGACCAUAGAGAGUAUCGACGACCCGGAUCAGAAUUACGUUGAAUCGAUCCCCGAGAGCAGGACGGACGUUUGCGACUUCGCUUACGACGGGCUAGCAUCGUCCUUUGUCGGUUCCUCGACGCCGUUCCCAAAGAACUCCUCUUUGGAGGAGGUGGCCAUCGAGGAUAUCACUUCCUCUCCCCUGCCCCCAGACGUGGAGCAACGCCCGUCCGGGAAGACGAAGAGUCUUACCCACAACGAGACGCAAUCCGAGGAAUUGAAGAAGAAGGGUAUCCUGAGCAGAACGAGGAAGCUGUUCCGCACGAUUUUCGGACGUCGAAAGAAAUGAUUUUUCGGGGAUGGCCGAGUUGUCCAGUUUUUUUUUUUUCACCACCCUCUUCCCUCCUCCUUCUCCCCCCCCCCUCUCUCUCGAUGGAACGGAAUAUGAAAAAGCAG